GUAUUAUACACUGUAUAUAGAGUGUAUAAUAGUAUAUACAGUCACAGUGAGUGUGUACAGUCAGUGUAUAGAUUAUAGGGCGCGGGGUCGCCGCAGUGCACCGCUCUCCUGUCUCCACCCGCCGCACGCGAGGUUCUAAGUGGAAAAUAUCAAUACUGUAUCAUCUGAUCUAUGCAUUUUAUUUAGCUGCUGCUGCUGACGUGAGUCAACUCGUCGUAAUCCUAUCCUGUACUUCUCGGUUUUUAUUUCGUAGACAACAGAAAUGUUUUGCUGCUACUAAUAACAAUAAUAAUAAUAUUAAAUAUGGUACGGGCGCCUUGUUUUCAUUCUCGUGCUUCAUCUUCACCUGCCCUCCGCCCCCGCUGUGCGCGCGCAGGUCCCCCGGCGGAGUCGCGCGCUCUGCCGGACCCAGGCACGCGGACCGCGCUCGUGCUCCUCCUCCUCCUGCUGUCCGAGAGCUGCGUGUGCGCGCCGCAGAACCCCGCAUCUGACAGGUCAGAUGCAGCUGAUGGGAGUCCACACCUUACCAUGGUUAACCCUUUUGGUGCUGGGGAGGAGGAGCGCAGGUUACUUCAAAGGUACGUUAAAGAAAACCUGAAAGACGGACAGUUAAAUCCCGACCUCACCACUUGGGAGCAGGAGAUUUUCUUCCUGUUCUCUCUCCAUGACUACGAUAGAAGUAGUAAUUUGGAUGGCCUGGAGAUGAUGAAGCUGCUGUCUGACUUCCUGUCUCACCGCUCGAUGGACCCGCAGUCCGGAGAGUCGGUGGUCUCCGUAGUGGAUGGUCUACUGCAGACUCAGGACCAAAAUCAGGACGGGCUGCUUGACCUGUCUGAGCUGUUGUCCCCCACCUAUGCAGCCAAGCGAUGCAGAGAAGAGGUUACCCCAGGAGGUGGUAAAUGACUCCGUAUCCCCCCGAUGCCCCCGCACAGCCUGCCCAGACCAGCAUCUCCGAGCAACACCAAGGAGACCGGACCCUUGGAGAGGAGGCUCACGGGGAGCAACUGCAACAACGUCUGCAGGUGGUGGAGCUGAACGAAGCGGAACGGGAGGUGACAGAGAGGCAGGAGGAAAGGAAGGUGCCGAGGCGGUUACGGCAACCUGGGGAACGGGUGCGAGGGCUCAGUAGGGGGAGCAGGAGGUGCGGGAGCACGAGCAGCAGCAGCAGGAGGUACGGGAGACCCAGCACGGAGAGGAGGACGCUCGGGGACAUGUCUCUGUGCAUGAGGGCAGCCGGAGAUGUAACUCCACACCUGGGAGGUGCCUUCACCGCCGCGUGGCUCCAGGGAAUGGGAGUGAGCUGUAUGAGGAGGAGUAGGUGCACAAAACGGCGUUUGAACACACCGAGUUUCACAAUAGCGCAAAGGCGGAAGGAUUGAGCUGUCAUUCUGGAGACUGUGUUUUUUUUUUUUUUUUAUCUUAUGGAUUUUUCCACUGGGUUUGACUGAAAAAAGAAGAACCUUUACAACCUUCUGUGUUUUACUGUACAGCUUGACACUAAAUCACAGUGCAGGGUUUCCCCAGCGCUAUGCAGGGCCUGGCCUUGCGACCCGCGACAGUUCAUAGCAAGUGGCGCUUAGUUACGAAAGAAUGAAGGAGCAAUAAGUAAUGCGAUCAAAAUUUGACAUUACAACUUGAAAGCGUCUGAAACAACCCUCUGUCAUCAUGAAAUCUACCAAAUAAUCUUUCCAGCUCAAAGUCUUCUAAGGUUUCUGGGGGAAAAAAACAUGGUGGGGGACUGGCUGACUGGUAUAACAGUGGUAAUAUUGUUUGCUAAUGAAAUGUCAUUUUUCUUAUCUGCCUUUAUGUUAAAAAAAGAAAAUAAUAGCUACUUUUUAAGUGUAAUUUACACUGUAAAUCUUCAGGCUUUCUCAAAGGUAUGCAAGUAUUUUCUGAUUGCAGGUAGUCCUUCACUUAUGAUACAGGCGACUUAAAAAAAAGCCAUCCCAUCAACCUUAUUGUACUGUUUUGGAGUCCUGACGUUUGGUUUUAACAUCGAACGUGAAUGAUAACACCGGCAGGCAACGCUGCUGCCUGGCGCCAUGUGUCUGAUAGACCCAGUUACUGUGUCUGUUGCAAAAACAUCACUACAUUGGCUGGGCGGAAAAGAAAAAGCAAAAAACAUAUUUAGGAAUGUAAGUGAAAAUAUGCGAUACUGUAUUAUACACUAGUAUUAUUUUAACAUAAAUAAUGUAUGAAAUUAGUGGGAAAAAUGUGACAAAGAGCUAUCGCACAAUGUAGCAUUAAUGCAUAUGGUUUAUAUAUGCUGUAUAAGUGGAUUUGCAACUUAAGACGACGAGGCCGUUGGCACGAAAUCCAUCGUAAGUCGAGGGCCGCCUGCACAGUUUGAACUAGGCCUCUACUAACCACUGAAAUUUUCUUCUUAUGGUCAAUGUGGGGUAAGCUCUUUAACUUAAGGUCAACAUUGACAAUAAAUAAGCUUAAGAGUCACAAAAAAUUAUAAAUAUUUCAAAUUGAUUUUUAGCUCUGGUUCCCUCCCACUGUCCAAAGCCAUGUUUUGGGUGGGUGAUUUGGUGAGUUUAAAUUGUCCAUAAUGUGUUUAUGUGUGAGUGAAGGAGUGUGUGUGAUUCCUUUGCAGUGGACUGGCCUACCGUCCAGGGUGUAUCGUAUCUCCCGCUCUUUGCCACUAGGAUAGGCUCUGGAUUACUGCAACCCUGAGCUCAACCAAGAUUGGUUAUUGAUCAUGGAAGGAUGGACAUUUUAAACAUUUCUUCAAGGUCAUUAAUCAUCUUUUCAUUAUUAUCAUCUGACACCAUCAAAGUUUGGUCAUGGACUUUUAAAUUGUUAAUAAUAAGCAGUAAUAGAACAGUAUUAGUAUUUUGAAACUCAUGUGAUAACUUUAAAAUAUUUCACGUUACACCUACAUUCAUAUCUGGAGGGCAAUUGGUUCAGCUGUCAGUUACAGUACGCCUCCAGUUUGUCUGCAUUUACCAUGUUGGUCCCGUGUUUGGCUGUUUCUGGCCUUAAUGUUGAGUAAAGUUGCCUUCUGUGAGCACCGUGUGGCAUACUGGCAUCUUGUCCAGAAUGCAGUUAAUCCUCUAACUGCUUUGUGGCAUAGGCUAGGAUAUUACUGUAAUCUUGAUUACAUAGUAGGUGUAUUUGUAGCUGCAACACAUGUACUGCCAUCUAUGAGUUAUUUUUUGCAGUUGUUUUGUGCUUCAAUGUGGUUAUUACCAUAAGGAUAUAAGUCAUUAUACACAAGAAUAACGUUUACUAGGACUCAUUUUUUCACACCUAACACCUCAGAUUGUUCCCAUACCUGUGGAUCUUUUGAGAGAUUCCACGUUAAAUAUGCGAACGUGCUGGAAACGCGCGAGGAAAAUCAAGCGGUUCGAACCUGGUCCUCAAGGUAUCGGGUCAAAGAUUAGCGGAAAGUUUGGAACUGCCCAAUUUGAAAUGCUGCAGAGAACCCGCAACGGCUGCGAUCGGCUACUUGGUGUUCCGAUGACGUUACGAAACUACGACAUGUAGAGAGGGUUAGCCGUGUCCUUAGCGUGUGCUGUCUGUCCGAUCUCCAGCCACGACUCAUUCGGGAGCAACUGUUGUGCAGCAAGAGUGCUUUUAGAACAGCUACAUUUCAAAGGCAUUUCCCCUGGCUCCUCAUCUUAUGAACGUAAACUCAUAACUUGUUUAUGCCGCCAAGGCCAAAGCGAUUUUUACCACUAAGUCGCAAGCAAUAAAGCGAAAUAAUACAGACAAGCCCUUGAUUUUAUGUAUGGCUUAGGUGCUCGAAAAAUGUCAGAUAUAGCUAUGAUAAAUAGAAAUACUCUGUAGAACGUUUAUUACUUUAAGAUGCAGUCAAGUCGAAAUUUAAAAAUUUGUGAUGAAGUGUUCUAAAACGAUUCGGUGACAUCUUCAGAAAGUUGGGAAACAUCACCGUUUAUGACACGAGGAGCUAGUUUAGGUUUCCAAGUCGACGUAUUUUUCUGCAACAGUAGAAUGCAGAAGAAAAUUUUAAGUUUUUUUUUGUCCAUUUCUAUGCUUGUCCAGUGUUGCACCAAUUGUUUACUAAAUAGCCAGCAACAGUUAACUGUUACGGAGCAGUAUAUUUCUCAUGCGUCGCCAUUCAUAUUCA